GUACCAUCUUCACGACAUCACACACCGAUAACGCAUCAUGCAGCCAGCAAUCCUGUUGUUGUGUAUCGCGGUCGCUGCGGCUCUGCCGGCCCAAGAAAACGCAAGAAACGCCCUUCAGACCGAAAACGACCUUUUGGACACCAUCUACAACGACUGCCUUCGGAAAGACACCACCUCAUGUCUCAAGUACAAGCUCUUCUCUUUCGUCGACAAGAUGUUGGGACACAAGGAUACCAUCACAGUGACGGAAGGAGUGCAAAUUAUCAAAACAGGAAGUGAUUCGGAUGGAGCACCACGAGCAUUAAACGGCGACGAAACCAUUGAAGGGCUCAUCUGGAACAGAAUUCAAUCCUUCCUGGAAUCACAUACCAUCAAGGUUGAUCUUAAAGGCUCCGAUAUCGUCAAUGCUGUCACUUCGACUGCCCGAUCCUUCAACGAUGUCCUCUCCGAAGAGGAAACUUUGGAAGAAGAAGGACGUGGAAAGAAGAAGAAGGCACAGAAAAUCCUCGGACCUUUGAUGGCAGCGGCCGCUCUUAAAGCUGCAGUCUUAGGAAAAUUGGCCCUUGCUGGUAUUGCCUUGAUCGCCGGCAAAGCCCUUCUCAUCGGUAAAAUUGCCUUGGUGUUGUCGGCAAUCAUCGGAUUGAAGAAACUUCUCGGACAAGGUGGCAAACAUGUCACUUAUGAAGUGGUUUCCCACCCUCAACAUUCUUCUAGUCACGUCGCAAGCCACGAAACCGUCUAUGGAGGUAGUAGUGGAGGCGGCGGUUAUGGCGGAGACGUCGGCGGCGGAUACUCUUCUUCUGGACACGGAGGUUGGGGCAGGUCUCUAGAUGCUCAACAACUCGCCUACAGGGGACACCCUCAAGCCCACGGUUUCUUCUCAAUCCGGCCCUGGACACCUAAACCAAAUAGUCAUAUCGGUUAUUGCUCCGGCCUAGUGACCGCUUUUAGGAUCAAGGCCCUAACGCUUUCAGGGGCGCAAGACGAAACAAGCUCCGGGUCCAGUUUUGGUCUACUUGCGAAGUUUCUGCGUUCGCAUGUUAAUUGGUCGGCCAUAAGCUGUGACGGCACGCUUAGGAUAUGUCCGUAUUUUCAAUUCGAUCUGUUUUCGUCUCGGUCAAUGUCACGAACGCAUAACACUGACCGCAGAGGGGAUAAACCUACCACGAAAAGAAAUUUCAAAGGUGGGACCGCGCUAUAUAUACUUGUCUUAAGUGAAUUUAUAUCAGUUACCGGCGACAUGUUGUUCAAGUGUUUAGUUUUGGUCAUUGUUGCAUCGGCAUGGGCCCGAUCUGCCAUCCCUCAACAAAACACCAUCCAAGAAGAUGACACACCCAGAAGCCAGGAGAAUUCCUACUUGGGUGACCUACGUUACGUGUAUAAAGUGUAUCAAGAAUGUGCAGCCAAGGAUUUAGGACCGUGUCUCAAACUGAAACUCAUCUCCGCCAUGGAUAGAGUCGCGAGAAAUUACGCCGAAUUGCCCAUUUUCGAUGGAGUUUCUUUCGUCAAAAAUCCCAAAGCGGUGACUUUGAACGAAGUGAAAACUGAAGAAGAAUACGAUGCGACUCUUCCAAGGGCUAUCAAUGAACGUGAUUCAGCACUCAAUAAUAUGAUUGCGGAUAAAAUCGCAUCAUUCUUCGACACUCACACUCUCCAGGUCAAACUACCCUCAGCUUUGAGUGAAGAAAGUCGUGGCAAAAAAGGCAAGAAAGGGAUGGGUCUUCUUCUCAUUCCUUUGAUUUUGGGUGGAACUCUUGUUCCGUUAGCUCUCGGAGCUUUAGCCUUGUUGGCGGGUAAAGCUUUAAUUGUGUCGAAAUUAGCAUUGGUGCUUGCUGGAAUCAUCGGUUUGAAGAAAUUGUUAGGUGGUGGUGGUGGUGGUAGCCACGAAUCCGGACACGAAGUUGUCGUUUCCGGAGGUCAUGGAUCCAGUUGGGGACGCUCCUACGAUAAAGAACAAGCCCAGAAUUUGGCUUAUAGUGCCUAUGUUCCCAAAACAACAUAAUUUAAUUUAUUUUAAUUUUUAAUUUAUUACAAUUAUUUAUUGUAUCUAUUUAAUAAAGUUUCGUCUUUGGUCUAUUAUUA